AUGUCAGGAGCCGGUAAUCGUGAGCAGGUGUUUCCCACACGUAUGACUUUGGGUGUGAUGAAGACUAAACUCAAAGGAGCUCAACAGGGCCACUCGUUAUUGAAGAGAAAGUCAGAGGCAUUGACCAAAAGAUUUAGGGAUAUAACGCAAAGAAUAGAUGAUGCAAAGACAAAGAUGGGCAGAGUUAUGCAAACAGCAGCAUUCUCACUAGCUGAAGUUUCUUAUGCUACUGGUGACAAUAUCUCAUACCAAGUUCAAGAAUCUGUGCAAAAAGCUCGUUUCACAAUACAAGCUAAACAGGAGAAUGUUUCAGGUGUUUACUUGCCGACAUUCGAAAGCCACAUCAACGAAAAUAUCAAUGAUUUCAAAUUGACAGGAUUGGGCCGAGGCGGCCAACAAGUUCAAAAGGCCAAGCUAGUUUAUACUAAAGCUGUAGAGACCUUAGUUGAAUUGGCCUCAUUGCAGACUGCCUUUAUUAUCUUGGACGAAGUGAUCAAAGUCACAAACCGAAGAGUUAAUGCUAUUGAGCAUGUCAUCAUUCCAAGGACAGAAAACACCAUUGCUUAUAUCAAUUCGGAAUUAGAUGAAUUGGAUAGAGAGGAGUUUUAUAGGUUGAAAAAAGUACAGGAAAAGAAACAAGAGGCUGCUGCUGCUGCCGAAAAGGAAGAUAAAUUGAAUUUAGCAAAGGCUGAAGAUAAAUUGAAUUUAGCCAAGGCUGAAGGGUUGACGGAUGUAUCUGGUAUUCAAGGCAAUACUGAGAAAAUUGAUGUUAAAGCAGAUGCCAGCAAUCUCGUUUUGGAAGAAACUGAAGAUGACGUUAUAUUUUAA